AUGCUGUCCAGAGCACAUUUAUUGAGACGCUCUCAAAUGUUGAAUAGACAAUCUCCCUUGCUAAACAUACUGACAAGGACAUUUGCUUCCAGAGGACUCCAGGAAGAGAGAACCAAACAGGUCAUUGAGGAAAUCAAGAAAUUAGAAUACCAACUCGAAUCCAAAUCAAAGCAGAAAUAUGCUUCCUUCGAAAGAGUGAAUGAGGAGGACAUUGCCUCCGUCUACAAGGAAUUGGCAGCCCCUAUACCUGUCAAACCUAAAAUCAGCAGCGACUAUUUGGAGAAAUUGCGAAUCAAGUUUUUGGAUACUCGUCAACAACAGCAGCAGAUUGGAGGCGAUCAACAGGCUGCUCUAUUAGCUCAACUGCCCAGUGAUGCCAGUGCCGAGACCUCCAAAGAUGCACCCACAACUACCACUACUGCGGAAACGGUUCAAAGUCUGACCGUGCAAGAUUUUGAGCAAUUGAUCUACGCCAACGCAUUAGCAAAGAGACCUGUGGAAGCAGAGAAAGCAUUUGACUUGAUGACCAGCUACAACAUUACGCCUAGCCUGAGAUCAGUGAAUCACUUGAUGGAUGCCUAUGCCAGUGCUAAGGAUGUCGAGAAAACAGUAGCCACUUUUAAGAAACUGGAUGAGCUCGGCAUGAAACCAGACAUUUAUACAUACGGCACCCUGGUAAAGGCCUUUGUCACCAACAAACGUUUGGAUGAUGCAUUUGUGAUCUUUGAAAAAAUGAAGGAUGCGUCCAUCAUUCCAUCUCAACCGAUUUUCUCAAAUCUGAUCAGUGGAUGUUUAAAAGCAAACAGGGUGGAAAAAGCAUGGGAAGUGUUUGAUGCAAUGCGACUGUCCUAUCACCAGCCCGAUGAAGUGAGUUUUACAUUGAUGCUUCAUGCUUGUGCCAAGAGAGGAGAAGUGGAGCGUGCAUUGAACUUGUUUGAAGACAUGGCGGGAUAUCAGCUGUACCCAACAGACGUUACUUUCAAUGUUCUCAUCAACGCUUGCGCUAAACGGCCCGAUUAUUACGACGAAGCUUUCAGUUUAUUGGAUCAGAUGCAAACGAGCUAUGGAUUCCAGCCCGACAAGAUCACAUACAACACACUCUUGACUGCAUGUGCGAGAAAGAAGGAUUUGAAGCAAGCUCGACUUAUUCUACAAAGCAUGUGGCAGGAUGUUGAAAAGAAUGGCAGUGAAUCUUUACUGAAACCGGAUAGCACAACCUACACCAACCUGUUUUGGUGUUAUGCUAGCUAUCAUCCAACAGCAGUGCCUCAAGACCAACAUCAACCCAAGUCGACAACAGCGUCUAUCACAGCAUUAUCCACUGAGCGUCAUUUAUUGCCUGUCAAUGUCCCUAGCAAACGUUCGCUGGUUGUCAAGGAGGCAGAAUGGUUGUUUAAGCAGAUCGAGCAAGACGUGGAGAUGACACCUGCCUUGUUGACAUCUUAUUUAACUUUGCACAUUUCUCAAAAGCAGACCUCCAAAUGCGUAGAUAUUUACACCAAACUGUUUGACCAACAUAGCGUUGAAAAGAAUGCAUUUACCUAUCAACAAAUGCUUCAAUUAUGCUACAAUACCAAGGACAAGACACUGGCUUGGAAAGUGUGGGAGGAUUAUCAAGACUUUCUGGAGUCAAGAGCCAAGCAAUUUGACGAGGCCCAUGCUUCCAGUGAGAUUGAGAGGAAGGCGAUAGAGGCGGAAAAGAACGCACUUGCCAUUAAAGAAGGAUGGAAAGAUUACCAGCAGCAACACAUGGCUGUGCUGAUGGCCAAUACGUUAGCAAGAUCAAAUGACACGGAAAAUGCAUUGAGUCUAUUAACAAGUGAACUACGUCGUUCGUCUAGUCUACACGCUCCUCGUCUGCGUGAAAUGAUGCCAGUUUACAACAAAUGUAUCCAGCUAGAAGACGAGCAAACCAAGAAGGAGCUCGUCCGUAUUUGUAUUCAAGACCUUAAACGCCCUGGAAAUUCCAAGUAUAGGCGGGUCAAUAGAACUGACUAG